AUGGCACCUUACGAGGCACUAUAUGGUUGUAGAUGUCGUACUUCUUCGUGUUGGACUGAGUUGGAUGAGCGGCAUGUUCUAGGCCCUAAAUUAAUUUCUGAUACUGAGGAUAAAGUUAGACUGAUUCAGGAUCGACUGAAGGCGGCAUCAGAUAAACAGAAGUCAUUUGUGGACAUUAAAUGUAAGGAGAUUGAGUACUCUAUUCAUGAUGUAUUCCACACCUCUAUGCUGAGGCGAUAUCAUUCUGGUCCUGCACACAUCGUCUCGACGGAGGAGAUUGAGGUUAGGCCAGAUCUGACAUUUGAGGAAGAGCCAGUUCAGAUUUUAGACCGUGAUGUGAAGGUUUUGAGGAGGAAGACUGUUCCACUGGUUAAGUGGUUGAGUGUCUUGAGGAGUGUUGGAUAA